GGGCCAGCCUAUUCCCCGGGGGAUACAAGACGACGAAGCUAAUCUUCAGCCAAGCUCGAAAAGAACAUGUGCCGAACACAUACACCGCUGACGUUAUCAGGAUCAUCGAGAUCACAUCCGAGUUCGAAGGAACACAUUCUCACAUAAUCGAAUACCGCGUCCACGCGGUCAUCAUUUGUUGUUGGUGGCUCCUGCGCGGCAGCGAAGCUCCGUCGGUUAAGCUGAACCAAGCCUGGACCGAGAUCACCCACUCCGACAGGUGGUUCACCUACCCGGAGUAUCCGAAACAUCCACCGGCACGCCAUCUGCUGGUGGCCGUGUACGAGGCGCAAGAUUUCUCGGAGAACCAACUCGAGUUUGUCGCAAAUUUGGCGGACACGGUCUUGUCGUACCUUCACGCCGUUGGCAUCAGGUCCCACGCAACGAUUGCCGCCUCCAUCAACGAAGACUCCGUGGUCAACGGCUUGAUCACCGCGCUCAAGGCAGGGGUCCGUGUGGGCACGAUGGAGUACAAGCUGGCUGAUGACGUCGAAGAGCAUGCGCUCAAAGCAGUGGCUGGUGCUGAGCCGGUCGGCGAGACACACUUACCAGUCCUCGUUCAACCCUGCACCGACAGCGGCGGGGGCAUCGCCGGCCGCUGCGGCCAGUACGAUUGCAACCGACAAAGACACGCUCCCCAAGACCUUGCGCAACUACGCGAUGCUCGUCGAGAACUGCAGCAAAGUGACACUGGAUGGAGUGGACCGAACAUUCCCGGAGAAGCAACUUUUGGGAGCUGUAAA